AUGGUUGAAUGGUUGCGUCAGUUGUAUAUCACGGAUCCAACAUUCUACCUUGACGAGGCUCAGCACCGAUUCCAACAACAUUUUUCAAAGGAUAUUAGCAAGUCUUCGAUUUGUCGCGUAUUGCAGAAAAAAGGAUUUUCUCGAAAGGUGCUUGUGAAGCGCGCGAUACAGAUCAAAAACGCAAAAAUCGAAUUUUAUUGUUCAGAACUUCAGUCCUUGAAGUGGGACACAUUCAACAUUGUCUUCUUGGAUGAGGUGUCAUUUGACAACCGUGACAUAAGUCGAAGUAUGGGCUAUGGCCCAGUUGGUAAAAUAAUCCUUGAACGUGGUAACCAUGUUCGACAAACGCGGAUUUCACUACUCUGUUUCAUGGGAGUUGGAGGAUUACUGGAAGCAUUUUCAACUGACGGGACUUUUUCCAGAAAUAUUUUUUUUGAAGCAUGUAGAAAUAUUACGUUGAGCGGCCAGGUGAAUCAAUAUCCAGGUAAAAAUUCAAUAUGGAUUCUCGACGGUGCGAGGAUUCACAUUGACCCUAAUAUGGUACGGUACUUCCGGUCAUUAGGAAUAAUAUUCGUUUUUCUUCCUGGUUACUGUCCACACAUGAACCCGAUCGAAAUUUUUAUUGGUCUGAUCAAACAAAUUUUCAAGCGCUUUUACGACAACAUGGAUCAUAACAGUCUUAAAGUAUUUGUGCUCCAAAUUCUAAUGAAGUUCACAAGCUUUGAUGCUAUCAAGCUUUUUAAAAAAUGUGGUUACUAUCCAGGGGACGGUUUGAAGCCAAGUUUGAAACAAGCCAAUAAACACGAAUAA